CCUAAACUUCCUAUUUUCUACUGAGGACCCACUUGCGUAUCUCGUCUCGCAAUAACACAUCACAGAAUCUAAUAUACCUUGUUCAAGCGGAACCAAUAUGUUGAUAUCUAAAGCCGUGUUGGUUCAACUUUUGAUGGUCAUGGAAUGUAUCGCUGCUGUAGGUCCACCGAUCACUAUCGUAUUGAUUCUACCCACCAAGUGGCGUGAGUGCAUAGGGAAAACAUGCAACUCUUGUUUUUUGUUUUCUUUUGGCCAUGUUAAACUUUAUGUAACAAGAAAGUCAAAAAUACAGACACACCAUAUGCAAGUAGGAGAGCACCUGAAGUCUGAUCAGGACGGUGACAUCACGUUUGUGUUUCAUUGAUCUUUGCUUUCUUUUUUUUCAUUUUACACCUUUUGGGUUUUUUUUUUCA